AUGACACCUGCUCAUCAGAUCACGAUGCUCAAGUUCAUCAAGAACAUGUCACAGUGCUCUGCGGUUUUGGAUGCACUUCACUCGGCCGAUGCGAUUGAUUUCUUGAUCGAUGUGCUGAGUCUCUCGAUGAAGAAGGGACAGAAGCACUUCCGCGAGAUCUCGAACCAAGUCCUCAACACCAUGUUCAAUCUUUGUCGACUAAGCAAAGAACGCCAAGAAUAUGCCGCCAGCAAUGGGAUUAUUCCGCUACUCCUCAAAAUCAUGAAGACGGACCGCCCACCAAAGGAGUUUGUCCUGCCUAUUCUCUGCGAUAUGGCACAUUCCGGCAUCACGGCGCUGGAUGCGAUCCAUGUGUGGCUGCAGGAGGAGACGGCCAAGGUGGAGAGCCACUUGAUGGAUGGGAUGUUUAUGACGGCUAUUGUGAGCUGUUUUAACCCUGCCAAGGCGAAUGCUUUUGAUCCGAACCUUUUGGAGCCGUUGCUCAAAGUCUUGAGGCUGAGUCCUGCCGUGGCGGCGAGUCUGGCCAAGGCGGAGAUGUACGCCGGGAUUGCCCAGAAGCUGGGGCAUAAGAAGGCGGUGGUGAGGUUGAAUCUGCUGAGGCUGGUGAGGAAUAUUAUGGAUGGGUGCGAGGCGCAUAAUUUGAGUAUGUCGUCUAACAGCUCGUCCAACACGGGGAAGCAGUUGAGGGCGUUGUUUGAUGAUAUUCAGGGGUUGGCGGAUAAGGACCCGGCGGUGCUGGUUAGGAAUUUGGCUGGGGAGCUGGUGAGGGCUCACUUUGGCAAUGACCUGCAGCAUGAGGCGCUGGCGUUGAGUGGGUUGGGGUUGGGGAACAGUGUUCAGGGGUCGAUGGGGGGGUCGGUAGGAGGAGCGGGGGUGGGUGCGGGGAGGAGCAGGAGUGGGCCGAGGAGGAAUACCAGUUAUACGCCGCCUGGGGGCUUGCACUUGAGCGGUGGUGGUGGUGGGCCGCAUACACCGACGGGGCAUCGGGCUAGCCAGUCGAGCUCGAGUGCGGCGGCUUACAUCGAGGUUGCGAAUAGUACGCCGAAGAGGACGGUGGUGGGGUUGGCGCAGGAUAGGGAGGCGGCGUUGUUUCGGCCGAGGAGUAGAGAAGGGGCCGUGGUGGCGACGAGCAUACCUAGGAGGGUGAGCCAAGAUGCCACGGCGGCCGGGUUGGCGAUGAGUCCGUCUUCUGGGUCGGGGGUGAAGAGUCGGUUGCCGAGGACGAGCCAUUCGCAUUUUACAAGGCCGAGCUUGUCGACUGCGGCGUCGAUGCCUAUUACCGCUACGAGGGCAGAGAGGAGUGAUUCUUCUCUUAGCAGUCGGGAGCACGUCAUGGGCCGGUUACGAUCUGGAUCGUCGAUCUCCAUCACGGGAGCGUCGCAGUACUCUGCCAGCCCGACAAGCUCUAGCUUUUUAUCAGCAGCGGGUUUCAAUCUUGUGAACCCGAGCAGUUCCAACAGACCGAGCAGUAGCUCUGCCGCGUUUGGGCACCAAGCCAGAAGGGAUAGUCACUCCCAGAGCCGGAGUUAUUUUAGCCAGAGUGCCCGGCAAGACAGCAGCAGCAGUGAGAGGUUCAGCCAGUCUGCGAGGCAGGACGGUGCUGAUAGGUUAGGGGAGAGGCUGGAAAGGAUAGAGAGGGAGCGGGAUGCCAGUGGGGGGAGCGGAUCGACUAGUUUGUCUACUGGGAGCAGCGGGACGACGGCUACGACGGCCACGUCUGGACAGAGCGGGAAUAAAGUCAGGAGGGCGAGGGCGCCGAGUUCGAUUUCGAGGAUGGAGUCGGUUUCGGAUGUGAACCUGCCGGCUGGGGGACGGGAUGGGGGGGAUAAUAAGGGGAGGUGGCCUUAG